AUGCAUUGGUGCGCUGCGAAUGGGAUCGAGCAGUUCGGAUUCGGCGAUCAGCGGGUGGUGACGAAGCGUGAGCUCCGAUCGCGAGCAAAGCUGGAAGCCGUUGCGUUGAACGAGUUGCAAUGCUAUCCAAUGCGGGAUCGUUCCGAAGACAGAAGCUCGCAAUCGACUCGAGAUCUCGUCUUGGCGGUUGUGAUAAACUGUCGAACAAGUCAAGUUGAGUCGGAUCGCUGUGCGAGAGCGUGUCGUUAUUGUGACGAUGGAGGAGUAGCGAGAUGGAAGGAUCAAAUGAUGGAGUGCGUGCGACACAAGUUCGACCCAAAGGCGAUGCAGCGGACUGAUAAAUUUAGUGGCAAGGUCAGCAAGAUGCCGUCUGGCUCGGCGUGUUCGCGAGGAUUACCAACCGAUCCGUCCCCGUCCUACUUCUUCCUUAUCUUCCUGUACUUUGUAACCCUUCUCAUCUCCAUCAUCAUCGCUUCGACUUCAGCUACCAAAGACCCUACCCCUCCUCCUGUUCGUCAAGACUUGCGUUUCCAUCCGUCUCCUUCUUCUGGACAGGCUCGCCUUUGA